UGCCCCGCGACGGCGGCCGCGCUGGAGGGGGUCCCGGGCCUGAUGGUGGGCGACAUGCCCUAUGCAUUCGCCUUCUUCUCGACGCUGCGGCCCGGCAGCCGGAUCGCGCCGCACACCGCGCCGGCGAACCUGCGGCUGCGGUUCCACCUCUGCCUGCAGGCGGCGCCCGCUGCCUCCGGGCCGGAGGCGGAGACAUCGCGGCCGGCGUGCGGCAUGCGGGUGGCGGACGAGGUGAGGGAGUGGGAGGAGGGGCGCUGCCUCGUGUUCGACGACGCGUACGAGCACGAGGUGUGGAACGACUCGGCGGGCGAGCGCGCGGUGCUGCUGUUUGACAUCUGGCACCCGCUCCUCUCGCCCGACGAGGUGCAUGCGAUCCGGCAGAUGUUUGCCCGCGUGCAGGGCAUGGCCGACGCCAGAAGGGGAGGCGCGGCCGCAGAGGACUGA